ACAUUCUUGUUCAGUCAGCAACUUGACGUUGUCCCAUUUAUUUUGGCUGCUCGGCUACUUCAGUACAUAAGUCUACCCUACUUUGUAUUUGACUUUUGGGAUGGAACGGUUGUACUGAUGAAACAUUAGAUUCACUUCGGAGCAGGUAUGGCUAAAGAACAACAGCCUCACUGGUCGGAUAUUUUGAAAAGGAAGUUAGCAAACUCCAAAAAAGAUAAGAGAAGCGAUGAGGAAAUGAAAGCAGAAGAAACUGAGCUGUUCACCAAAUAUUACACAGAGUGGAAGGGAGGAGGCGACAAAGACAAGUCCUACAAGAACAUCCCACGGUUUUACUACAGGUUGCCAGCAGAGGAUGAAGUAUUACUUCAGAAGCUGAGAGAGGAAUCCAGAGCCGUCUUCCUCCAGAGGAAGAGCAGAGAACUGCUGGAUAAUGAGGAACUACAGAAUCUGUGGUUUCUGCUCGAUAAGCACCAGGUGCCUCCAGUAAGUGGAGAGGAGGCCAUGAUCAGCUAUGAAGCCUACCUGCAGGUGGGGGAGAAGGCCGGGCCCAAGUGCAAAAAAUUCUUCACAGCCAGCGUGUACGCCAAGCUGCUCCAAAGCGACCCUUACGGCAGGAUCUCCAUCAUGCAGUUCUUUAACUACGUCAUGAGGAAAGUAUGGCUGCAUCAGACCCGGAUAGGUCUGAGUCUCUACGAUGUAGCAGGACAGGGCCACCUCAGAGAGUCGGAUCUGGAGAACUACAUCCUGGAGCUGAUCCCCACUCUGCCUCAGCUGGACGGACUGGAGAAGUCCUUCUACUCUUUCUACGUCUGCACUGCUGUUCGCAAGUUCUUUUUCUUCCUCGACCCACUCCGAACAGGAAAGAUUAAAAUCCAGGAUAUAUUGGCCUGCAGUUUUCUGGACGACUUGUUGGAGCUGAGAGAUGAGGAGCUGUCUAAAGAGAGUCAGGAGUCCAACUGGUUCUCGGCGCCCUCGGCUCUCCGAGUCUACGGCCAGUACCUCAACCUGGAUAAGGACCACAACGGCAUGCUGAGCAAAGAGGAGCUUUCACGCUACGGCACAGCUACGCUCACCUCAGUCUUCCUGGACAGAGUGUUUCAGGAGUGCCUCACCUACGAUGGAGAAAUGGUACAAUCAACAACAGUCGUUGUGGACUAUAAGACCUAUCUAGACUUUGUAUUGGCAUUGGAAAACAGGAAGGAGCCAGCAGCGUUACAGUAUAUUUUCAAACUUUUGGACAUGGAGAAUCAAGGAUACCUCAACGUCUUCUCCCUCAACUAUUUCUUCAGGGCCAUCCAGGAGCAGAUGAAAAUCCACAGUCAGGAGCCUGUCUCCUUCCAGGAUGUCAAGGAUGAGAUCUUUGACAUGGUGAAGCCUAAAGACCCCUAUAAGAUCACUCUCCAGGACUUGGUAAACAGUUGCCAGGGUGAUACCGUCACCAGCAUCCUGAUUGACCUCAACGGCUUCUGGACCUAUGAGAACAGAGAAGUGCUGGUUGCCACUGACAACGACAGCGGCAACACAUCUGACCUCGACGACACCUGAGGAUGAUUUGGGGUUGAAGUGUGGUAGAGACACUCCAAAAGGCCAGUUUCACUACCCACCUGAAACUCAGGUGUCCUGUUGAAGUGUCAGCGCUGAAGUGAACUCUUACUGCUGACUCAGGUCCCUCUGGUUAAGGCUUAGCUAAAUGUCUACAUUGAGGAGAUGAACAGAGAAAAAUGACUGAGCUGGUUGGAAGGAAGAAAGCCAGAUUGGUGUUUUGUGUGAAUAUUCUUCUGUGUUCCUGACUGUUGUUUUCCUGUAAAAAAAAAAAAAAAAAAAAAAAAAAAGACCUAAUACACGUUUUUGUCAUUGAUCUUUUAAAAUAAAUGUUUCCUUUUUUGACAGUG